AUGUGGAACCUAUGCAAUAAGAAGGACAGAUUAUGGUUCAAGUGGAUGCAUACCUACUAUAUAAAGAAAGUGAAAACAUGGAAUGUGAAGGCUAACCAAGCAGCAUGGACAACUCAGAAGAUUUUAAAAGCUGGAAAAUACCUGACAGAAGCAAGAAUUAAUAUUGAAGAAGUAAUGACUGGGAAGGAAUACUCAAUCAGAGAGGGUAAUAUUACGAGUGCAGAAUGUGUGUUAUGUGAAGCAGCUGAUGAAAGCCAUGAUCAUCUGUUCUUUACGUGCAAAUACUCAAGCAAUGUGUGGGAGAAAGUAAUGUAUUGGGCUGGAACAGGAAGGAAAGCCAAGAUAUGGUCGGAAGAAAUAAGCUGGGCCAGUGCAUAUGCAACGGGGAGAAUAUCAGAUGCAACUAUAUAUAGAAUGAUUCUAGCUGGAGCUGUAUACUACUUAUGGCAGGAGAGGAAUUGGAGAAUUUUCAGGAAGAAUAAAAGAAAAGCUGAAGAAUUGGUGAGAAUGAUAGUCCAAGACAUACAUUGCAGAGGCUCAAAGUGGAUAAAUUUGGAGAAGAAGCUACAAACACUGAAUUUCUAUCCUUAG